AUGCAAAGAAGAAGCACAAAAGCUUUUCCCAGCUUGAUGACCCUUCUACUCACGAGGUACCAUAAACAAUUGGAAAUUUCUUGUCAUGCAGUUGCAUCUGUCCAAAAUAACGUGUAUUUCGGAGCAAAGGCAACUAUAAACGUUUGGCAACCCCAAGUUCAGACCAGUGGUGAAUUUAGCUUGGCUCAAAUAUGGGUUCUUGCAGGUGCUAAUUCAUUUCUGAACAGCGUUGAAGCUGGUUGGAUGGUAAGUCCAAGUCUAUAUGGAGAUAACAACACAAGACUCUUCACUUUCUGGACAAGAGAUGGCUAUCAAUCCGUAGGGUGCUACAACUUGUUCUGCCCUGGCUUUGUUCAGACCAAUACAACAAUUGCAUUGGGUGCCACCAUUUCACCUGUUUCUACCUAUCAUGGUGCUCAAUAUGAUAUCAUCCUAUGUAUCUUUAAGGAUCCAAAGCAAAAUGUGUGGUGGCUACAAUAUGGGAAUGACGGUGUAAUUGGUUAUUGGCCUGCUUCCUUAUUUACAAGCCUCGCAGACAGUGCUUCACUAAUUCAAUGGGGUGGAGGGGUGGUAAAUACUGCUCAAGGUGGGCAACACACCACAACUCAAAUGGGCAGUGGCCAUUUUUCUGAAGAACAAGCUGGAGGGGCAAGUUACUUCAAGAAUCUUCAAGUAGUUGAUCAAUCCAACACUUUGGUCCCUCCUGGUGACAUCACAUCUACAGCUCAAAAGCCGAAUUGCUACAACAUAAUACUUGCAAAGAAUGAUGAUGCCGGAGAUUUCUUUUUCUAUGGUGGACCAGGAAGAAAUCCUAAUUGUCCAUGA